AUGGCUUGGAUGAAAGCUUUUGUGUUGACUUUUUUUCUAAGUUUGUUGUUUUACAGUAUCAAUGGUGUUGAAGUGAGUCAUGAUGGAAGAGCCAUGAAAAUUGAUGGAAAAAGGAAGGUUUUGAUAUCUGGAUCAAUUCACUAUCCUAGAAGUACACCAGGGAUGUGGCCUGAUCUGAUAAAGAAAGCAAAAGAAGGAGGGUUGGAUGCUAUUGAAACAUACGUGUUUUGGAAUGCACAUGAACCUGUUCGUCGUGAAUAUGAUUUUAGUGGCAGAAACGAUCUCAUUAGGUUUCUAAAGACCAUUCAGGACGAAGGUCUUUAUGCUGUUCUUCGUAUUGGUCCCUAUGUCUGUGCCGAAUGGAAUUAUGGAGGAAUUCCUGUGUGGGUUUACAAUCUACCUGGUGUCCAGAUUCGUACCUCAAAUCAAGUAUACAUGAAUGAAAUGCAAAAGUUCACUACUCUCAUUGUGGACAUGGUCAGAAAGGAGAAAUUAUUUGCCUCUCAAGGAGGUCCUAUAAUUAUUUCUCAGAUUGAGAAUGAAUAUGGGAAUGUGAUGUCGAGUUAUGGAGAUGCUGGAAAAGCUUAUAUAGAUUGGUGUGCAAAUAUGGCUGAGUCCUUCGACAUUGAUGUUCCAUGGAUCAUGUGCCAACAAUCUGAUGCCCCUCAACCAAUGAUAAAUACUUGCAAUGGUUGGUAUUGUCACGACUUCACGCCCAAUAAUCCUAACAGUCCUAAGAUGUGGACUGAAAAUUGGGUUGGCUGGUUCAAGAAUUGGGGUGGCAAAGAUCCACAUAGAACUGCAGAAGAUGUUGCCUAUUCUGUGGCUAGGUUUUUUCAAACAGGUGGCACCUUCCAAAACUACUACAUGUAUCAUGGUGGAACUAAUUUUGGUAGAACCGCGGGAGGUCCAUACAUUACUACUACAUAUGAUUACGAUGCUCCUCUAGAUGAAUUCGGAAACAUAGCCCAACCAAAAUGGGGUCACCUCAAAGAACUUCAUAAGAUUCUGAAAUCAAUGGAGAAUAGUCUUACUAAUUAUGGAAAUGUAUCUGAAGUUGAUUUGGGUCACUCGGUUAAGGCUACUAUGUAUAUGGCAAAUGAUUCAUCAAGUUGCUUCUUGACUAACACCAACACCACCACUGAUGCCAUAGUAACAUUUAGAGGAAACAAAUAUAAUGUUCCUGCUUGGUCGGUCAGUCUUCUUCCUGAUUGUCAAACCGAAGAAUAUAACACAGCCAAGGUGAAUGUCCAAACCUCUGUCAUGAUAAAGGGUAAAAACAAAGCAGAAGAUGAACCAAUAGCUUUGAAUUGGGUGUGGAGAGCUGAGAAUAUUGAUGAUGCUCUCCUUGCCAAAGGUAAUUUCUCUACAAAUGGACUUGUUGAUCAAAAAAUAAUUGCUUCUGAUGCUAGUGAUUAUGUUUGGUACAUGACAAGACUUGAUCUCGAUCAAAGUGAUCCAGUUUUGUCAAAUAAUAUGUCUCUUAGAAUCAAUGGCACUGGUCACGUAAUUCAUGCAUUUGUUAAUGGAGAACAUAUUGGUUCCCAUUGGGCUACAUAUGGUAUCCGCAGUUAUGAAUUUGAGACUAAAAUUAAGUUGAUGCAAGGAAAGAAUAUUAUCAGUCUCCUGAGUGUCACAGUUGGACUACAGAACUAUGGACCAAACUAUGAUAAAUGGAGUGCUGGUCUCAUUGGGCCCAUCAGCGUAAUAAGCACAAAAGAUGAUGAAACUGUGGUCAAAGAUCUAUCCUCAAACAAAUGGUCUUACAAGGUUGGGUUGCAUGGUUGGGACAACAAAUUCUUCCGUGAAGACUCUCCCUAUGCUUCUGCUUCCAAAUGGGAAUCUAACUACUUGCCAACAAAGAGAAUGUUGACUUGGUACAAGACCACUUUUAAAGCUCCUCUUGGGUCAGAGCCCCUUGUUGUGGAUAUGCAAGGAAUGGGAAAAGGGUUUGCUUGGGUGAAUGGCCAUAAUAUUGGUCGUACAUGGCCUAGUUAUGGUGCAAGUGAGGAUGGUUGUAGUGAUGAUCCUUGUGACUACCGUGGUGAAUAUAGCGAUAGAAAAUGCGUUACCAAUUGUGGCCAACCCACACAAAGAUGGUACCAUGUUCCUCGCUCUUUUAUUGAAGAUGAUGUAAACACAUUGGUUUUGUUUGAGGAAAUUGGUGGCAAUCCAUCUCUGGUGAAUUUCCAAACUGUAGUGGUUGGAUCUGCAUGUGGAAACACUCAUGAGAACAAGAGUUUGGAAUUGUCUUGCGAUGGACGUCCCAUUUCGGUUAUAAAGUUUGCAAGUUUUGGCAAUCCAGAAGGUGAAUGUGGCACAUUUAAACAAGGAAGUUGUGAAAGCAAAAACGAUGCUUUGUCCAUUGUACACAAUGCAUGUGUGGGCAAGGAAUCGUGCAUCAUUGAUGUUUCAGAAAAAACUUUCGGACUAACAAGUUGUGGAAAUAUAAUGAAGAGGCUCGCGGUCGAAGCAGUUUGUUAGAAUCUUUGUUUUAAACAUUAGUGAGUAAAUAGAGUG